AUGGAUGUCAUAGCACAUUUUUUGCGUCAUGAAAAGGGUGAACACAAAGCCCAAGGAUUCAGCACAGAUCAGCUCGCUCUUAUUCACGAUCCAGAUCUGACGGCAGAGGGCCGUUCAGAUUGCCAGAUAUUCUCGAACAAUUUCUCGGAUAGCAAAUAUAUCACACACAUCUGGUGUUCGCCCAUGACAAGAACGAUCCGUACGGCACUUUUAUGCUUCCAAAGUGUCAUAGCUAGGGGCGUUAAAGUUGAAGCUUGGGACAUACUCCAGAAUUGGGAUACUUCGCCGAACGGUAAAGGAAUGGACAAAGAGUGUCUACGCAAACAUUUUGGCGAAGAAGUAGACUUCGAUAAAGUUAAAGAAGGGUGGAAUGAUAAAUCUUCUGGUGAAUGGACAUCGAAAAAUCAGAAAUCGAACAUCCCUGCUUUAAAACUCGCGCUUAAUGACUUACGAUCGACUACCAACAUGGUCGAAGUCGUGAUAGUCAGUCAUGGAAGUGUGCUCAGAGAGCUGACCAAUAGGAGGGGAGCUUGGCGAUCUGGCGAAGUUCGCAGCUAUUUAAUUGGUGAUAAUGGGGAACCUGGCUUCUUACUGGAUAAGAAUGACCUCGAAGUUCGUAGAUGCCACCCCGUGAAUCAAAACAUGAUACCGACAUCAGAUCGGGUCCAGCCCGAACCGUUGGGCCCUUCAAGUCUCGUGGAGACCUUGACACAUAAGCCUUCUGAAUCUUCCGAGAAAGCCCCUGCAGUAAAAAUAAAAGUGGUUAUUCAAAUCGUUGCAAAGGACACCUCAAAAAAUACCAAGGAGAAGAUACUGAGAGCUUCGAAGAGAUGUGAGACUCACGUAGAUACAUUAUUCAAGCUUUUUCAGGAGGAACUUCCGCCAACCAAAGUCGAGGGGGAGGAUAUUGAGGGCGUCAAAGCACGACCAACAAUUAGAUCGAAGCAAGGUCCGAUAACGACCCAGGCGAGUAAGAUACCAAUAGCAAUUGGGAGAAUGAGCCAUCGUGAUAUUGUUAGAAAGACACCUUUGAAAGCAGCGUAG